ACUCUUCAAAUAUGGCUGACUUAAGAAAGUUUCCAUCUCUUCUUACAGUUUAGAACACCACAACGGAGGCCGGUUCGCGCUUACAGACAGUUGAGCGGCUGAGAUGGGUUCUGGAGGUAGUAAGAAAAAGCCUGUCAACACAAACCAAAGUGCUGGAGGAGAUAAAGGGCAGACAACUCCCUCAACAACAAAAGGAGAUAACUCCAAAACUACUGGGGAUAACAAAGGGCAGACUACUCCAGCUUCCCCAUCAACAUCUGAUAACUCCAAAACUACUGGGGAAAACAAAGGACAGAUUACUCCAGCUUCCCAAACAGCAUCUGAUAAAUCUGAAACUACAAAACUUCCCCCAAUUACACAGACAGAGCCUGUCCCUCCAGGCUCACCACCAGCAAAUACCGCUGGGAGUCCAGCAUUACCACCGAUAAAACAGGAAUCCGAACAGAAAAACAAGGGAGACAAGACAUCAGGGGGAGGUAAGGGUGAAUCUUCUAAGGAGGAAGAACCACCAGUAGAAAAUAACAAACCAGGGGCAGAUAACUCUCCCGUGGAAAAGUCAGGACAAGUGGAAAUUUCAGUAGAGGAGAAGACUGAAUCUACAGAACAAAAACAAUCAGAAGACACGGAGAACAAAGAAGGAUCAUCAGAAACACCUACAGAGAAGGAGCAAGUUGUGAUAAUUCCAGAAAUGGAGGAGAGAGUUAUCCCCCCUGAGCCGGAAGAUCAGGGUAAAUUUGACGAUGCUCUGAGUUCUGCGUGUCUUCUGAUAAAACCAGACAGUUUGUUAAAAAACCUCAAAGUUCAGAAUGUUACAAAGUUACACCUUCAGAGAGCGCUGCCAUCGACCUUCAAACUACACGAUCUCCUCACUAAGUUAACACAUGUACAGGAGCUGGACCUGUCUUUCAACAAUAUGGGGCCCCAGGCAUUUCGCAGUGUGUGUCUGGCAAUGUGUAGCAAUUCCACCAUACUCUGUCUAAAUCUGUCUGACAACAAAACCGACACAGACACAUCUGAAUGUAUUGGACGUAUGUUGAGUAUGAACCAGGCGUUGGUAUACUUGGAUGUCUCCAACAACAGUCUUGGUAUCGACUAUUUCUCCAAAUGUGUCGGUCCGACGCUCAAAACUAACACAUCUCUACAAACACUUAGGGCUAAAAGUAUAGGGAUGAGGGACCUGAGGGUGUUAAUGGAUGGACUGAAGGAAAACACAAGUCUGACAGAGAUCGACUUUAGUACAAACUCAUUCUCAGAUCCGGUCGGUGUGGCCAAGGGGUUCGCUGACAUUCUCAAGCGUGCCGACUGUGGACUUCGGACCCUGGCCCUGGGAAACUGUGAACUUAAUGAGGCCAGUAUAAACCAUAUCAGGGACGGUUUACAGAAUAACAUGUCCAUGGCUGAGCUCAACCUUAAUGGUAAUACGUUUGGAAGCCUGAAGACUUUACUGAAGGCUGUUGUGACAGCUGCUACACAUCCAAGUAUAACUAACCUCAGUCUGGACAACCUCCAGAUCCAGGACACGGCCUGUACUACAGAGGAAGUAGUAUCUUGUGUUCGCCCAGAUGUGGUGUCAAACCUUCAAUUCCUCAGUCUCAACAGUUCAAAAAUCACUGACAACUUCCUGUCUGCAACUGCUCAACUUCUCAAGGGCAGACAACUGCCUCUUAGCGACCUUGACAUUGGUGCAAAUGAUGCCCUGACUAUAGGAUGUCUGAAAUCAGUGGUAGAUAUGACCUCAGGUGGGGGAACACUCAGUGUGCUGCGGAAGCUGAAAUACAGUCUAAUGAGGGACACGAGUGGCCUGGCAGAACAACUGACCAGUGGUCAGUUUGACAAUCUACGUUAUCUCAAUGUCAGAAAGUCAAAACUGACCGAUGUCCAUCUCUUACCUGCCAUGUAUACAGGUCAAGGCAGACUGGAGACUCUGAUUCUGGACGGUCAGAAGAUCGCUAACACAGAUGUCCUACAGAAACUCCUGGAGAAUGCUCACAGCGGGAGCCUGACUGCCCUGAGUAUAGGGGCGUGUUCCCUGUCAGCAGCAGACAUUGCUCCUCUCUGUCAGUCCAUAAGGAAGGGCCUGAAGCUACAUAUGUUGAAAAUCUCGUCCAAUCGUCUAGAGGACAAAGGGGUGAUUGACUUGGUGGAGGCGGUCCUUAGUAACAAAACACACCCACUGGCAGUACUUGAUGUGUCUGACAAUACAAUGACAGAUGAAGGCGCUGUCGCCCUGGCCAAACUGUUCACCACAAAGAGUCACACAUCAAAACUACACAGCCUCAAUGUCAGCUCCAAUGACCUUGGAAAAGCUGGCUUGGUGAGUCUGGUGUCGGUGUAUGGAGGAAAGUCUCCUCUGAGAACUCUGUAUCUCCAGAACCAGAAACGGGGCAUGGAUGAAGGAGAAAUGGACGAAGUUUUCAAAACACUCGCUAAAUCACUGGGUUUCAAAGUGGAAAUGAAGGAUGGAGAAGUUGUCAAGAGUUGUUCUGACCGACCAAAUUUACCAGAGGGACUUGUUGUUAAAUUGUCUCCCCUUGGGGGCAGCCCAGGUAAACUUGGCUCUAGUUUGGACAGUCCGCGGAUACAGACCGACUACGCCAAGGAAAAACUACCAAAUCUGUCUUUUGCUGAUACCCAGGUUAUAUCAGCCUUCCUCAAGGGAACAGGAAGUGAAGUAUGUGUCUGGUCAGGAGACGAGUGGAAAAUGAUCACCGGCGCCAGCAAACCUACAACAGAUGCUCCGUCAUGGCUACAGGUGGCAGGCAGCAGAGAGUUGGUGGUUUAUCUCUGUAAUCUGCCUGGUAACACGACGAGACAGAAGACGGAGGCUUUACUCGAGAUGGAGGCUGACUGUAACUUAGAGGAGGUCUGCCUUAUGAAGGACCCUGUGACCAGGAGCAUCAAUGGAGUUGGUUGGGUCCUUCUUGGGGACGCGGAAUCUGUCACCAAGGCUCUCGAUUUCUUCCACUCUGGCAUGGCAACUAUAUUUGGUCAGGCGUUCUUGAUUUCUCCUGUGAAGGUGAAGGUCGAUGAUGAGGCAAACACAGAAUCACAAGCCAAGGCCAGAGAGGACCAGGAACUUAGGCGGAAACAACAGACUCAGGAAGACAGAGAUCACCGACGUCUGAUACAGAGGACGACAGAAGAAUCAUGGAAACGACACGCCUACCGACUCGCGCACCCAGCGUACGCUGAUGGUCGCAUCUGGUAGUUCUGCUGAAUACAGUUGCAACAAUGGCUGUCAUUUGACGAAAAAUUGAUUUGAAAAUGACGUCCAGCAGGAGUCCAUUGUUAACAAUGGAAUACAUAUACUGUCUGAUUUUACUUAUUGGUGUUUUGUCUAUGAUAUUGGUCAUGUCAAAAGGAAGAAUAAAUUCAUUAACGAUGCUCCCCAUUCACCUCGGAGCCCAACAAGGAAACACUUUAAAAGUGCGGAUAUCCGUCACACAAAGGAACAGUUGACCACUGUCUUCUAAAAGUUUAAAAGGUUAUUAGCCCCUAUCAUCAGAUGUUGGGCUAUUUAAAUCGCCUUGCGUCCGUGGUCUGGUCCGGCCGGCCGGCUGUCUGUCUGUCUGUCUGUCUGUCCGUAAACAGUCCUUGUUAUUGUUAUUUCUUGAAAAUUACUAGAGAGAUACUCCUCAAACUUUAUAUGUAAGGUUGUUUUGGUAACUAGUUGUCCAAAUUCAAUUUUUGUUUUUGUUUCUGAAAGAAAAUGGCCGGCAGAUUUUGAGAAUUGAAGUUUGAUAUCGCUAUUUCUUCAAAAGAACCGGAGGGAAAGUUUCUCAAACUUCAGAUGUAUGUUCCACUUGUCAUUGUUAUCAGAUAAUUAAGAGGAAAAUAAGAAAGAAGGAAAAAGUAGAGAGAAGAUCAGUCAAAGGUAGAAUCAAUAAAGAUCAUUAAAAAAUGUUAAUGGUGGGUGCCGAAAUCCCUCUGGGAUCUUUUGUAUUUGACAAUGUAAUUCAAGCUGAACCAUUAGCUAGAACAUUAAUAUAUACUCAGUAACAUACAAAUGUACAUGUAUAUCAAAUUCAACUAAGAUUUGAAGCCUCUUUAUGUUUUUUUCUUAUGAAUACAAAUUUUACCAAAGAAAUUAUGCUUCAUAAUCCCUUAUGGGUUUAUCUUAUUUUAUUUCUGUAAAAUCUGCUCAGGUACGCCAACAAUUUGUAAGUAAAAUAUGUAAUAAACAUCUAAAAAUAGAACUAUGUACUCCAACGACUCUGUAAGUGGUGAUUUUGCCCGAUCCUUUCCUUUUCUUUUGCGACAGCAACCAGUACGUCAGAUCAACUUUUGGCCUAAGGCGAGUGGCGUUGAUCGCGCGUCAGCCUUCUUCAAAACAGACUAGUUUGCGCAUGUGUGUAUGACAUAUUUUUCACUGCUCAUUUUUCGCUCCUUCGCCACCGCAUUAAAGAUUUCCCGUAACCAGUGGGUAGCUUUUCUGGUUUUCAUAACAAUUAUAAAUACAGUGUAAUCAGUAGUAUGUAUUCUAUCAUGCAACAUAUAUUAUUUUUGUAAAUUGUUCAUAAUUCAUAUGUAACAAAAACAUAAAAAGCUUUAAAAUUACUGUUAGAUAUUAAAUGGUAUGGAUUGUAGAUUACCACGUACGGUUAAUAUUCGUUAAAUUAAACUAUAUAAAUAGGAUUGUUUAACAUGUAUACCCUUAUCUAUGGUACAUUUGUAUAAUGAUUUGAAUAACGUGGUCUGACACCGCGUAUGUUAUUUAUGUUCUCGCCACUGUAGUGUAUACAUGUUUAACCCUGUGUGGUGUGAAGUACUAGUAGUCUGUGAUAAAACUUGUUUAUUUAUCUAUUUUGAUAUUUUUUGAUAUUUUUGUUCUCAGCAUUAAAUGUUUAUUUGUUGCAUCUUUGUUGUUCUCAUGUUUAGUAGAGUGUCGACAUUUUGACUAUGCGGCAGUCUCUGACAGUUUUCGAUCAUUUACAAAGAUUCUUCCCGAAUAAUAUACAAUAUAUCUGAUUGUAUCUGUUCAA